CAUUGCGAAUGCCCUGGCCAGUGCAAUCUGUGAACGAUGUAAGAGUGGCUUUGGUCCAACUGAGAAGAUUGUCAAUAGUAAUGGAGAGCUGUACCAUGAGCAGUGCUUCGUGUGUGCCCAGUGUUUCCAGCAGUUUCCAGAAGGGCUCUUCUAUGAGUUUGAAGGAAGAAAAUAUUGCGAACAUGACUUCCAGAUGCUCUUUGCUCCUUGUUGCCAUCAGUGUGGGGAGUUCAUCAUCGGACGUGUCAUUAAGGCCAUGAACAACAGCUGGCACCCCGAGUGCUUCUGCUGUGACAUUUGCCAGGCAGUGCUUGCAGAUGUUGGAUUUGUUAAAAAUGCUGGCAGGCACCUGUGCCGCCCGUGCCAUAACUGUGAGAAAGCUCGAGGCUUGGGCAAAUAUAUCUGCCAGAAGUGCCACGCCAUCAUUGAAGAGCAGCCGCUGAUCUUUAAGAACGACCCGUAUCACCCAGACCACUUCAACUGCAGCAACUGCGGGAAGGAGUUGACGGCCGACGCAAGAGAACUGAAGGGGGAGCUCUUCUGUUUGCCGUGCCACGACAAAAUGGGUGUGCCAAUCUGCGGUGCCUGCAGGAGACCUAUAGAGGGGCGUGUUGUCAACGCCAUGGGGAAACAGUGGCAUGUGGAGCAUUUUGUGUGUGCCAAGUGUGAGAAGCCUUUCCUGGGUCAUCGCCAUUAUGAGAGGAAAGGUUUGGCUUACUGUGAGACUCACUACAACCAGCUUUUUGGCGACGUCUGCUAUCACUGCAACCGUGUGAUUGAAGGUGAUGUCGUGUCUGCUCUUAACAAAGCCUGGUGUGUCGGAUGUUUCUCGUGCUCCACCUGCAACACCAAACUCACCCUCAAGAACAAGUUUGUUGAAUUUGACAUGAAGCCUGUUUGCAAAAAGUGUUAUGAGAAGUUUCCUCUUGAGCUCAAGAAAAGGCUGAAGAAGUUGGCCGAGUCGCUGGCACGUAAUUGAUCCUCAUCGGGACGAUCACCUGGAUGAGCUCCAGCUGUUUAUGACGGUAAACAUUUCAGGUGGAGUUCUGCAGAGCAAACAGUCUGCAGAAGCUGAGGGAGGACAUUUCAGUAGUUUUAAAGUUUUUAGGUCGAGUCUUUCCUUCUGGUGACGUGUUUGUCCAAAGACAUCAAUCACUCCUUUAAAAAAAAAAAAAAACAUAUAUAGAAACCAUUCUGCAAACAUAAAUA